UAAAAAUAAAAAUAAUACAGAAAAACAUAAGAAAGAGCUUAUGGAAAAAUAGUGGAGAAAAUCAUCGCAUCCGCCGCCAGUUUUGCCGGUCUAUAUUUUUUAUUUAUUUAUUUUUUUAUUAGUGGUCAGUGCAAGUGUGUAUGAUGCUCGUAGUAGGUGCGUGACGAGUGUUGACGAUCAGUGUGAGCAGCAGAUACUUUUUGCAAGUGAUACUGUUCAUAUGUUGCCAGCCGGCUGGUUGAUACGUAACGCAAAUUACGCGUAUGCUUACGAGAACACGCGCACACAUACCCGCGCCCAAUUACCACAGAGGCACGCAUGUUUGUAUGGAGUCGCUUGUAUGGGCCGCUCGAUCCACCUCGAUCUGUGCUGUGCGGCAUUUUAAUUUUUUGUCGCAUUCAGUUGUUGUCUAUUCGGUGCGCUUUGACGGAGGCAGCGUUGCAGCAACGCUUUUAUAACGCAAUUUAAUUAAAUUAGUGAAAUGAACUUUCAAAACCACGACAUAAAAUAUUUACUUACACACAUUUGCAUGCAUAAAUACAUACAUAUGUAAAUACCUCAGCAAAGAAAUUAUGCAUUAAAAACUUCAAAUAAACGCAGAAUUCAAUGAAAAAAUUUUUGCAUGCAAUCAAUUGUGAUAAAUUAGUUUUCUAAAAUAAAUACAAAAAAAAAGCACAACCAAUAAAAAAUAUAAAUUAAAAAAUGCAAAAUCAAUCGAACCGUGUCAAAAUGUCAUCGCCAAACAACAACAAAAACAACAGUCAUCGCACUUUAAGCCGCAAUCAACAACAAUUUACCUACAACGCGCUGUUGCUCAGCAUAUUUGCAUUGAUUUGGCCAGUCGAUGGUUUCAACUUUGCAAAUCAACCGAAUAUUGCAAUUCCAGCGCCACAGCAUUUGAAAUUCUUCAAACCACAAACACGCAGUUCCUAUUUCGGUUACACGCUGGUGAUGCGACCAACGAGCAUAAUUGUUGGUGCACCACGCGCUCAAUCUACACUGCCCGCCCAGCGGAAUAUCAAUGAAACUGGUGCCAUUUAUCGUUGCACUUUGUCACCAACUUCCACCUGUAAUCCAUAUGUCAUCGAUGAUAGAGGUAAUAUCACAAUCGAGAACUUCGACUCAUAUACCUACGACAAUGAGGCGCGCGACAAUCAAUGGCUGGGUGCUGCCAUGGAUGGCGGCACCAAGGACACGGAUAAGCUGUUAAUAUGCGCGCCACGUUUUCUCACGCCCACCGCAAAUGAUUACCUAAUGAAUGGCAUCUGUUACUGGGUUAAAGACACACUCAAUGACAAUCCAACAAAAGUACAAAGGAUCUCACCAUUGCGCCUUAAAUCGGAGCAAAGGAAGACUGUUAACAAUCAUCCCACUUUCUAUUAUAUGUUGGCAGAGGAAGGGCUGAGCGCGCAUGUGACCGAUAAUAAUGAAGAGUUCGUUAUUGGUGCGCCAGGCAUCAGUAAUUGGAAAGGUUCGACGAUACAUGUACGCAAGCGAUUCGAGGAGGAUCCAAUAUUGAGUAGGCGUGAUACGUCUGAAAGAAAGCGCGUGACACGACAACUUGAAUUCUCAGGGCAAUACGUACUGGAUACUAAUGAUCAGGCGAAUGACUCGUACAUUGGUUAUGCUGUGGGCUCAGGCUACUUUGACAGUAAGGACAAGAAUCGGCUGAUGUAUGUGGCAACAGCGCCACAGGCCAAUUUGCAAUCGGGAGAGGCCUACUUAUACAAAUAUUCUGAGGAUAGCAAGCUGAAGAUGACGCGCGUUUAUGUUUUUCGCGGCACGCAUUUCGGCGAAUAUUUCGGUUAUUCGCUGCUGACUGAGGAUCUCAACGGCGAUGGGCUCACCGAUGUGGUGAUUUCAGCGCCACAAUACUCAACGUCUGGUUCUUUCGAUGAUGGUGCCAUCUAUGUGUUCCUCAACAAAGGCAAUUUCAAUUUCGAGCAAAAACUGAUAGUUUCGCCAGCGCAUGGCAAAGCGCGUUUCGGUACCACGCUCAGUCGGCUGGGCGAUAUCAACCUUGAUGGCUUCAAUGAUAUUGCUGUUGGUGCGCCAUUCGCUGGCAACGGUGCCGUCUUCAUCUAUCUCGGCAGCAACGACGGCAUACGCCAGCAUCACAGCCAACGCCUGAACUCACCUGAUGCGGUUGUCAGCAAGUAUGGCGAGCAUAUGUUUGGUCACGGACUUUCCAAAGGCGCCGAUAUCGAUAACAAUGGCUUUAAUGACUUUGCCGUCGGCGCACCAAAUGCCGAAGCGGUUUUCGUCUAUCGCGCCUAUCCCGUGGUCAAGAUACACGCCACUGUCAAAUCACAAACACGAGAAAUCAAAACCGAUCAAAAUAGUUUUAAGAUCACAACCUGCUAUAAAAUCACCACUCCAUCCGCGAAGGUGAGCGAUCAGGACUUGGCUAUACGUAUUGUUGUAGAUCCACAAGUCAAACGCGUUAAGCUGGUGCAAACACGCACGAAUGAGAUAAGUUUUAAUGCGACGGCUGGCCUGCAGGAGCAAUGCCGCUCAUUUGAUUGUGAAGUACACAGUAGCGUGGCGGAUAUUUUCAAGCCAAUCGAAUUGGAAAUGCACUAUGAUCUCAUUAAUGGAGUGCCGAAUUCGGGAGUGUUCUGUGAUAAAUGCGCGGCCGUUGAUCCGGCCGAGCCAAAGGUGUACAGUGAGAAGAUCAUCUUUAGUACGGGCUGCAGUUCCGAUAUCUGUGUGGCUGAUCUGGAAGUUAAAAGCCAAAAUUUGGAUCACACAUACAUUCUCGGCAGUAGUCGUACACUGGCCGUCACAUAUGACAUAACCAACAAUGGCGAGACAGCUUAUCUACCUCAAAUCAGCAUCACUUCAUCGAAUCGCAUGCCGUUCGCCAAAAUACCCGGUAACUGCCGUAUCAAAGAUAAUGACUACUUGGAAUGCGAUUUGAAUAAUGGCGUUGCAAUAGCGAGAGGCGCCAAAGACUCAUUUACUGCUAUUUUCGAUGUUGCUGGCAUAUCGGGAAAACCAGUGAUUCUAACCGCCAAGGUUUUCAGUACAGGCAAGGAGGCCAACGAAGCCAAUAACAUGAUCACCGAUGUAAUAACACUCGGAGAAUUCACCGAAAUCGAUAUAGUCGGCAUUCCCAAAACACCGCAUGUCAACUUGGAGAAGAUCAGCAAUACUACCGAAAUCAUUAAUAACUACGAGAUAAAAAGCGUCGGUCCCAGCACUGUCGGAGCAAUGGAUGUGAUCUUCUAUAUACCUGUGGCGUAUAAGGUGCCCGGCACUACGAACACCAUACAAAUUAUCGAAAUGGAUAAAAUAAAUAUGCAGGCUGUCUAUGAUGCGCAAUUGAUUGGCAUCGAUUACUAUCAAAACAACACACAGCUCAUCAUGAAUACCAUUGAGGUAUCGACGAGUACGCACAGCACGACUACAGUUUCCAAGACGAAUAAGCAUAAACACAUUAAUGCACAAUAUGAUUCCAACAGCUUCUAUGAAAUGACAGUAGAAAGCGAAAGUUCAACCCAUACCGAUGACACAACGACUUUAUCACUUCGGCGUCGUAGACGUCGUGAAGCUGCUGCCAAUACGGCGACCAAAGCCCAGUAUGCGCGUAUCGUCAAGGCGCACGAACUGCUAAGUGAAGAUCUAAGAGGUAAAUUGCCAGUGAAUCGUACGAUCGUUUUCAAUUGCAAUGACCCCGAGAUGACGAUUUGUGUGCGCUCUGUUAUGCGUGUUUAUAAUUUCAAACCCGAGAAGCCCAUCACAGUGACAAUGAAAUAUCAAGUCGAUCUGAAUGAGAUCAAUCAAAUAUUGAUUGAACCAUGGGAAUAUUUUGUUAUACUAAUCGGAGUGGAUGUGAAAAAAAUUGGUGACUCUACUGGCAAAUCGCUGGCGAUACGCAGGAGCAUCGACUAUAAUAUUGUUUCGAAACAUCAACUCUAUGGUACGCCGAUAUGGGUGUAUAUAUUGGCCGUGAUGGGUGGGCUCUUGCUAUUGGCGCUAAUGACUUACGGAAUGUAUAAGCUUGGAUUCUUCAAGCGCGCGAAGAAGGAGGAAAUGGAUGCAUUGGUUCAUCAAGGUUCCACAAGACCGGCACGAGAUGAUGUAGAGCCAGAAGCAGAAAACCUAAAUACUGACAGAAAUUAAAAAAAAAAAACACUUUAGAUAAAAAAAAUCAAAGAAUAUUUUUUUACAAAUUUUACGCUGCAAUAAUUACGAAACGAAUGGCUUUAUCAUCACACAACGCAAACACACACACACAAGUAAAGGCGCGGGAACUGAGCUGUGCAUAUUAUCGUAGAUUUAACUCGCGUUUGUUUUAGCGAAACAGCCUAACUUAAUUUUGUAUAAAAGGUGGCAAUGUUGCAUUUCUUUGUUUUUGAAAUAAAUUUUUUUAAAACUUAGUUCAUUAUUGAACACAAAGAAUCGUAUUAUUUAUGUAAAAAAGACGAAACCAAAUGAAUGAAUCGAUUCGUAUAGUAUUUAUAAGUGUUGCAUUGUAUUUAUUUUUAUUGUAUUAUAUAAAAUAAUAUUUAGUUUGAAAAUUAUAAAAUGCAACAACAACAAUAUUAAUUUAAGGCCAACUGCCAUGUGUAUAAAUAUUUAAGACAAGAUUUUUUCUUUUUGCGUGCUCCUCCAAUAAACGAUAAACGGUGGGCAGCGGACUUGAAAAAGAAACUGAACUUUUGCUUCAAAAUUUCAGCACAUAAAAUUCUCACCUACAUAAGCAAAUCGCUUUUAGAGUCGAUAUUUUUUACAAUUUCAAAUCUUUUUUUUGUUUUUACAGUUGAUAAAAUAUUAUGUAUGUACAUAUGUAUGUAGUAAAUAUUUAAAUUGCAAAUCGAAUUUGUAUACUGGUAUACAGACAAAUGAAGCUGAAUGCCCUGACAGCAUUCACAUGACAAUAUAUUUUUCGCUUUAAUUUCUUAAUUUUACUUUUCAUAUAUUUUUAAAUUUGUAUGUUUGUAUAUGUUUGUAU